AUGUCCUGGCUACCUCCGCACGCCCCCCACGACUGCGGCGAUCCUCCCCCAAAGUCGGUCGUCCUCGACACCGUCGUCUACGCCGACGACCGCACCAACGCCUCCACCGCCGAGGGCUUCACCAGCAGCGGCGACGCCAUCCGCCUCACCUUCUGGCCCGCGCAUCCGCCGCUCAUCUCCUACUUCACCAUCCACCUACCCACCCUCCUCCCGGACGGAUCCGCCACCUCGCUCAUCCUUCUGCCACGCCUUGUCCGCACCGACGGCGACCUCGCCCUCUUCCGCGUCAUGAUCGGCUCUUCAUACAUCGACCCGGACCACAACAACUACGUCAUCUACCGUGCCGGCGUCAACAAGCUUGAGGUGCUCCCCACCCACCCCACCCGCUUGUUCGCCGACUGUUCAGUUGCUCUCCUGCGCUGCCCCGACGACGGCAGGUUCUUGGUCGCCAAUCUCCGUUCAACUUUCGACCUUGGGCAGUACGCCCUCGACCUGUUUGACUCCCGGUCAGGCACAUGGAUCACCAGGUCCAUGUGUACAGAACCUCCACACGAGGACGGCCACUACCGCAUUCCGACCAAGGUGAUCGCCCUUGGUGGCGAUCGCGGUUCAGUCGGCUGGGUCGACCUAUGGAAUGGCAUCCUCAUCGGUGAUCUGCUCCCCGGCGGCGACGGCAAUGACAACAACGUCCUCCGCUUCAUCCGUUUGCCCGUGCUUUUGGCGCCCAACAAGAUGACCCCGGGCUGUUUGUCCUGUGACCAGGACGUCUCUGUCGGCAGAGACGGCUCCAUCAAAUACUCAGAGGUGUGGGCUCAUCCUGUCCCUGGCUCACCGACCUACAUCUCCGAGGACUGGGGUGCUGCCAUACUGACAUGGCUGGAGUCCAAGAAGAAGUGGCACAUCGACCUCAAGCUCAAAGCCUCGGACAUCAUCGUGGACGAGACUCACUCCCAGUUGCUUCCUCAGCAUGAUGUCAAGGCCACAACGAAGAAUGCAACCUUGAGCAGACUUCACACAGGGCAUCCUGUUCUCAGCUUGCAUGAUGAUGAUGUUGUUUACAUCAUGGCCAAGGUUUACCACAUGGACGACGACUUGUGGAUGCUUGCUGUUGACAUGAGGAACAAGACUCUGAAAGGAGUGGCUGCUCUCACCAGUAAAAGAAGCUGGGGUUUUAGAUUCAUCUACCUGCAAAGUGACCUCUCCAGCCAUCUGGUGCCCACAAGCGAAAACACCGAGGUCUUCAACCGUCCGCCCAAAAGCAAAGAAAGAAGAAUCCUUCUAAAACUGCCAAGCAACAACCUGGGAAGACUCUUGCUAACAGCUGUCGUGUGGAACAAGAAGAACAGGAGCUGA